AUCCAAGUCUGCUGAGUAUCUAGAUAGCACAGACUAAUAUUCAAAAAUAUCACAAACUAGCAUCUAGUUAGCAGAUACCAACUAAUAUCCACAAUCAACCAACUAGUAUUCAAUACGGAUACUCUUAUGUGUUAUCUGUAUACUAAUUAUGUGCUGUAUGAAUACUAUUAUGUGUUGUCUAGAUAUUAUUUUGUGGAUUUUGGAUAAUAGUUGAUUCAUGAUGGAUAUAAGUUAGCAAACUUUGAAUACUAGUCUGUGCUCUCUAGGUACUUUAGUACUUGGAUACCACUUCAUUUAUUUUGGAUGUCAAUUAGCUCUUCAAAUUAGAGGAUUAACUUUUCCCAGGACAGGAAUGUGUAACAUUGGUUUCCAUCUCCAAUUUGGGUUAACGUUGCAACUUUUUAACUGGGGUAGUUGAAUGAAGCUGACUUGAGACUUGAGAGACAGGAAACUCCCUAUAAGCUUUCCAAGUUUCUAUAGGAAUGGGGAGAAGGGUUAACCUAUAAAACGUGUGUUGCUUGCUUGUGGAGUGGCGAUUGAUUAUCGAGAAUAAGGAGAGAAGAAACUAACAGCCGCAGUUUAUCGUUGAAAAGAAAAGCUUCCUCUCCUCUCCCGGCUUAUUGAACCUCUGUAUUUCACGCACACUUUCUGUAAUCUAGGGUUCCCGAACCUUCUUGCGUUCUCCAUAUCUUCUUCCCAAAUACGCAGGGCAGCAGCGUACGACCUAUUCGAUCCUCCAUUCUCCGCGUAUGGGGGCUCAGAUGGACAAUCAGGCCGCCACGAGUUGCUUCGCCUGCAGCCCUGACCAGGAGAAGGAGAUCGUAAAGCAAUUGUCAGAGGAAGCUGAACUCUCUUUCAAGGAAGGCGAUUUGUUCUUUGUCAUCUCCGCAAGGUGGUUCUCGGGAUGGGAGAGAUAUGUCGGUCAAAGUGGCGAUGACUGCUUAUCUGAGUGGCAGCCAUCUGAUUCUGAUGACUCCACUUCCAAGCCUGCCAAUAGACCUGGUCCAAUUGAUAAUUCGGAGUUAAUUGAGAAUGAAAUUCAAUCGAAGGGUGGUGAUCAGGACAUGGUUAGAACCUUGCUUGAAGGCAAAGACUACGUUUUGGUUUCUGAGAAAGUUUGGGCAAAGCUUGUGCAGUGGUACAAGGGAGGUCCAGCAUUGCCGAGGAAGGUGAUUUCACAGGGUGUUUUCAAUAAAAAGCAACUCAAUGUUGAGGUCUAUCCACUUCGUCUGAAGUUGAUUGAUUCUAGAGAUGACAGCAUGUACACAAUCAGGUUUAGCAAAAAGGCUUCUUCACAUGAGUUGUAUGAGAAAGUUUGUGCACUUAGAGGAGUAGAGCGUGAAAAGUGCCUGAUUUGGGACUACUUCAACAAACGUAGGCAUUCAAGACUGCUUUAUUCCAGUCAUACCCUUGAGGAAUUGAACUUGCAGAUGGACCAAGAGAUUCUUCUCGAGCUACAAGUAGAUCGAUCAUACGCUUCCCAACCUGGAAAAGAUUCAACUGGGAAUGAAUUAGCUGUGAUACCCAUGGAGCCACAGAGGUCCCACCAGUCAAUUGCUGGGGGUUCGAGUGUCUCAAAUGGCCACUCAACCUCAUAUAGCCUCAACAUCAAACCAGGCAAUGCGAACUCCACCUUUAAUGAUGCCGAUGAGGGUUUUGGUGGUCAGAGUUCUUCUAGAAAGGGAGAGAAGGGAGGUUUGGCAGGAUUGCAGAAUUUGGGGAAUACUUGUUUCAUGAAUAGUGCUUUACAGUGCUUGGUCCACACCCCACCUCUUGUUGAUUACUUUCUGCAGGAUUAUACUGCAGAGAUCAAUAAAGAAAAUCCAUUAGGAAUGCAUGGUGAGCUUGCACUUGCAUUUGGUGAGCUGUUGAGGAAAUUGUGGUCGUCAGGGCGGACCACAAUUGCACCACGUGCUUUUAAAGGGAAACUAGCACUAUUUGCUCCACAAUUUAGUGGAUAUAAUCAGCAUGAUUCCCAAGAGCUUCUUGCUUUUUUAUUGGAUGGCCUACAUGAAGAUUUGAAUCGCGUGAAACGGAAGCCUUACAUUGAAAUGAAGGACAGGAGUGGUCAUCCUGAUAAGGAAGUUGCCAAUGAGAGUUGGCAGUAUCACAAGGCCCGGAAUGAUUCUGUGAUUGUCGACGUCUGCCAAGGUCAAUACAAGUCAACAUUGGUCUGCCCAGAUUGCAGCAAAGUCUCUGUUACUUUUGAUCCCCUCAUGUACUUGUCAUUACCAUUACCUUCUACAGUCACUCGGUCUAUGACUGUGACAGUAUUUUAUGGGGACGGAAGUGGUCUGCCAAUGCCAUACACGGUGUCAGUGUCAAAACACGGGCAGUGCAGGGAUCUUCUCCAGUCAUUGGCUGCCGCAUGUUGUUUGAGAACUGAUGAAAGCCUUCUGUUAGCAGAAGUCUAUAAACACCAGAUUUAUCGUUUCUUCGAAAAUCCCUCGCUGCUGUUGACUUCGAUAAAAGACGAAGAGCAUCUUGUGGCUUACCGUUUUCCUGGAAAGGGGACAGGGAAAAAGAAACUAGAGAUUAUUCAUCGAGAUAGUUCUUCAGCGGACUUCUUGAUUGCUGGCAUUCGAAAGAAUUUUGGAGCACCUCUGGUUACUUAUUUGGAAGAAGAUUCACCAACUGGAGCUGAUAUUGAUGCUGUUGUAUCAAGAUUACUCUCACCCUUAAGAAGAACCAGUUCUUCUAUGAUUGCUUACAAUAAUGGUGAAAUGUCUACUGGAUGCUCAGUUGAGUGUGAACCAAAGGAUCAGCCAAUGGAUGAUGAUAUUAAGGAGGAUAAUGGAGCCAGCCAAAAACUGACAAACCAGCUCUUCUUAUUUGAAGAUCAAGGCUUAAUUGGGGAGCCUAUAUCUAGGGACACUGUCAUCAAAACUGGAAACCACAACAAGAUUUUCCUAGACUGGAGUGAAGAAGAACAUAGGUUGUAUGAUUCUAGUUACCUUAAGGAUCUUCCUGAUGUGUAUCAUAAGACUGGAUUUAGUGCAAAGAAGACCCGGCAGGAAGCCAUCUCUUUGUUUUCAUGCUUGGAGGCAUUCUUAAGGGAAGAACCUCUAGGGCCUGAUGACAUGUGGUAUUGCCCCAAUUGUAAAGAGCAUCGUCAAGCUACCAAGAAAUUGGACUUGUGGAUGUUGCCAGAGAUUCUUGUUGUUCACAUGAAACGGUUCUCGUAUAGUAGAUGGUUGAAGAACAAGCUGGAUAGUUUUGUGGAUUUCCCGAUUCAUGAUCUUGAUUUGAGCAAAUAUGUGAAGAAGAAAGAUGGGAAUUCAUGUACAUAUGAGCUUUAUGCCAUCAGCAACCAUUAUGGUGGCCUAGGUGGCGGACAUUACACAGCAUAUGCCAAGCUUACUGAUGAGGACAGAUGGUAUAGUUUUGACGACAGCAGGGUAUCUCCAGUUAAUGAGGCAGACAUCAAGACUUCGGCUGCAUACGUGUUAUUCUACAGAAGAGUGAAACCUCAAGAUCAGCGGGAAGCAUCAUAAGGAUUGUUGCAGUUUCUUAAAGGUCAGGAUCAAUACCACCAUAGCUUGAACCUUUUCUUACCUAUCCAGGGAAGAUAAUUCUUAGAACGAUGGCCUUUCCUCUCUGGUGGAGAGGUUGUUUUGAUUGGACGAUACAAAGCAGCCGCCCUCGUAUAGAUUCCCCGCGAUGGUGGGAAGAGAGAGCAAAGAUCGAUAGAAAGGAAGAAGGCGUUCGGUUAGCUAUGUUGUAGCCUUGUGCUUUAGUGUGUUUUUCUUCUUUUCUUUGCAUUAGUCUUUACGGUUAGAAAUCCAGAGACGAGUUUGUGGGCAGGCAGGUAUACUUAGCUGUAGCUACGGAAAUAGUAAAGUACAAUAGGAGGGUUAUUUCUUUCUGCCUUGUCACGGGGUUUUGAGGAAGACGUAAAGGUGAUGGUAGAUGGGGAGAGCUGGCUGCGAUGUGAACAAAUUGCUGCAUUUUAUGUUGUGAACAAGUGUAGUAGUGAUUCAUGAACAUGAUGUCUCCAUUUUUUCAACUAAGUUUAUAAUUAUUACCAAGAUUUACUAUCACGGUGCCUUGCUUGCUUAAAUUAUGUUCACUACUGCAUUGUUCUUAUAGAUAAUUAGCAUCAACGGUCACAAACCUACUCGGAUCAUAUCAGUAUGGUAUAUAUGUAUAAGGAACGCUUGCGUCGGAUAGGCAUGCAGUCAAAUUAACGGCCCUAUUGUGCACUGAUUGUUCUGCUAACAUAUCUGUUCGAUAUGAAAACUACGCACGUUCUUGUUGUAUGAAUCUGCGCUUUCGGAUUCAAAGUUCUUGUCUAGGAUUCUUCAUGGAUGCAAGGAGAAGGUGGAAAUAAAUGAGAAGACAAAUU